GCUAGUUCCCAAAGCCCAUCCUCUCUCUCGAGCUCUGAUCAAACGGGGGGUCAAGAAAACGAGCGAUGUCGACCCACCCGUCGAAGACCGACUCGGAGGUGAGCAGCCUCACCCCGUCCUCGCCCGGCCGCUCCCCGCCGCGCCGCCCCCACCCGGCGUACUACGUCCAGAGCCCCUCCCGGGACUCCUCCUCCCACGACGGGGAGAAGACCACCAACUCCUUCCACUCCUCGCCCGCGCUGCUCAGCCCCUCGGGCUCCCCUUCCCACCCCUCCCACCACUCCUCCCUCGGCCCGCCAUCCCGCGGCUCCUCCUCCUCCACCCGAUACUCGGGCUCCCUCAAGCCUGCUCACCGGAAGGCCCACCCUGGCGAGGAGCGGGGCGGGAGGGCCCGGCGGGGCAAGGGGUUCGAUGCGAUCGAGGAAGAGGGGCUGCUCAAUGACGGGGAGGGCGGCGGGGCCGGUGGGGUGCCGCGCCGGUGCUACGCGGUGGUGUUCGUGCUGGGGUUCUUCGUGAUGUUCUCCUUCUUCGCGUUGAUUCUGUGGGGGGCGAGUCGGCCCCAGAAGCCCAGCAUCGCCAUGAAGAGCAUAGUGUUCGAUCAGUUCGUGGUUCAAGCCGGGACGGACUUCACCGGGGUGGCGACGGACAUGGUGUCGAUCAACUCCACGGUGAAGCUCACGUUCCGGAACACGGCCACCUUCUUCGGCCUCCACGUCACCGCCACCCCUCUCGACCUCUCCUAUUCCCAGCUCAGCCUCGCCACCGGAAGCAUAAACAAGUUCUACCAGUCGAGGAAGAGCCAGAGAUCGAUCACGGUGACGCUGAAGGGGGACAGCAUCCCGUUAUACGGCGGCGGGGCCGAUCUGAGCAGCGUGAACGGGGCGCCGACCCAGCCGGUGCUGCUCUCGCUGGCGUUCCUGGUCCGGUCGAAGGGGUACGUCCUGGGGAAGCUGGUGAAGGCCCGGUUCAACCGGAGGAUCCGGUGCUGGGUCACCAUGGAUCCCAAGAAGAUGAGCGUCGUCGUUCCCUUGAAGGACAAGUGCACUUACCAGUAAAAGAGCGAGAGGGAUGCAUGUGAUUGGAUCGUUAUUAUGUGUAAGUAUAGGUCCUAUUGUUUCCAUUUCUUCUAUUCUUUUUCUUCUUAUUUUCAAAAUUUUUGUUGUUUCCAUUUCUUUUAUGCGAGAUAUAUAUGAAAUUAGAAAAUAAAUAUUUUGGGUUC